UCAAAUCAAAGUGCUUGUAUUCGAGUAGCGGUGGGUCCGAUUCGGUUGGAAAGCGGCUUCUCAAGGUGCAUUCCACUUGGUUUUAUUACGGUGAUUCACUUCUGACUCAACAAGCUGAAGUUCAUUAAUCGACAGAUGUGUUUUGUUCAGUGUAAGAUUCAGAAAUAAAGAUGUUGGAUGAAGAGAUGACACCACAAGCAAAGCUUGUAGCCGUUAUUGGUGCUGGCGCUAGUGGUCUUACAACCAUUAAAAGUUUAAAAGAAGAAGGCUUUUAUGUUGUGUGUUAUGAAAAAACUGAUAAUGUUGGUGGUAUUUGGAAGUAUCGAGACGAAGAUAUUGAGGGCGUUGGAUCAGUUAUGAAAUGCACAGUAUCUAAUAUUAGCAAAGAAUUGAUGGCUUUUAGUGAUUUUCCUCCGCCUGCUUCAUUUCCAAAUUUCAUGCCACACAAAUAUGUCCUAAAAUAUCUUGAAAAAUACGCGGAAGCUUUCGAUCUAUUACGUCACAUAAAGUACAGACAUGAAGUAAUACGUGUGCUGCCUACGAAUGAUAAUUACAGGACUGGUCGUUGGGAAGUGACGAUAAAAGACAAUGUGAAAAACAGGAUACUGGUAGAGGUCUUUGACGGAGUUGCUGUUUGUGUUGGGAGGUAUGGCUUCCCGAAGAUUCCGAAGUUUAAUUCCAUUGAAACUUUUACUGGGAAAAUAGUGCACUCUCACAAUAUCAAAGAUGCCGAGCCAUAUAAAGAUCAAAGAGUUUUGGUGAUUGGUGCUGGAAAUUCGGGAGCUGAUGCUGCAGUAUAUUUGUCUACAUUUGCUGAACAGGUAUAUUUGAGCACCAGGCAAGGUACGUGGGUUCUACAAAGGCCAGGAUCAAAUGGACUUCCAGCUGAUUUGAGUUUUAAUAGAAGAAUUUUCAACACCGCAUUCCAAAAGUUGCCUCGAAAGUUGGUAUUUUGGUUCAUGGAGAAACAAGUCAACAAAAACUUUAACCACAACACAUACAAUUUGAAGCCUCCUUACAGAUUUCUUACUAAAAGACCUACAGUAAAUGAUCAUCUCGCAAGUAAAAUCUUAAGUGGUGAUAUCAUUCUGAAAGGUGCAAUAAAACAUUUCACUGAAAAAGGAGUAGUCUUCAGAGGAGACAAUGAUAUUACCAACAUUGAUGUUGUAAUUAUGGCAACUGGCUACCAGUUAAAAGUACCAUUUCUGAAUGAUAUAAUUUUUCAAGUAAUUGGAGAUCACGUUCCGUUGUUCAAACAUGUCUUUCCUCCGCAUUUAUCUGUGCCAUCUAUGGCCAUCAUCGGGAUGACUCAAGUUUUUGGGGGUGUACUACCAGUGUGUGAAAUGCAAGCUAGGUGGUUCGCUAAUGUUUUGAAUAACAAAGUUGAUUUUCCUGACAAAGGUGACAUAAUCAACGAUAUUACUUUAAACACUGAGAAAGAGACUAAAUUGCUUCAUUCUUCUGCAAGAAAUUGCAUGCAAGUGUAUGGUAUUCCGUACAUGGAUGAACUUGCUCAACUUAUUGGUGCUAAACCUAAUUUCAAGAAAUUGCUUCUCAGAGAACCUAAACUUACAUGGGCCUGCAUCAUGGGUCCAUGUUUACCAUAUCAAUACAGAUUGGAAGGGCCCCAUGCGUGGGUUGGAGCAAAAGAUGCGAUACUUAAUUAUAAAGAAAGAGUUUUUGCGCCUCUAAGGACACGCUAUGAAACUCGACAGAAUUUCUCAAAUACGUAACAAUGUGUCGUAUGCUAGAUUUAAAGGUACGUUUAGUGAAAGAACUGAAAAAGAGGAAAGAAAUAAGUGUUUUAAUUCGGCUUUCGGUUUUUAUGAUAUUUUUCCAUGAUGCAAAUGAAAUCCAACAAGACUGAACAUUGAUUUUAUGUGAUAUUUAUCACCAUGAACAUAAAAAUGUCAAGAAACCAGUUUUGUAAAAGUUGUUAUGCUACUGCCUUUUAACCGCCACAUUCAUACUUUUUCUAUGGCAUUCUUUUAUAUGAACUAGAUUUUUCAUUCAUCGAACACGAUGAAUAAGAUUUUCAAAAGCGUAUAUAAUUAUAUUUUAUAAAAAAAAACAUUAUCUAUUAUUGUUUCUAAAAAUAUGAAAAACUGAUAUUCGUAAACAGUAUUAUUACAGUAGUUUCCAUUUCCUGUGCAUUGAAAUAUUUAUUUUUCUUUUACAAACAUUUCAUAUAGCUAUUUAUAGAAAAAAUCUCUUUUUAUGUAAAAUACUUUUCUGCUUUUCGAAGAAUAUUGUGAAAUAGUCAAAGCUUCAUAAAAAUAUCAUUAUAAUCUAUCAUUAGCAACAUAUACAAUUUUUAGAACACUUGUUGAAUACUGCCGAUUUUCUUAUAGAAAUUCAUACGUUCCUAUAAAAGCUGAAUCUAUACGCUUAUGUAACUAAUUUUUAUCUCUUCUGCUGUGAUUUUUAUUGAUAAAUGGUGUAAAAGUGUGUUUAUUAA